UAAUAUUGAUAUUCCGGCCGCUUAGCCAAUCAGACGCUCCUCCGCGAGCUAUUUAACUGGCAGUGCGCUUUCCAGCGUGACCACCCCCACAUCUGUCUUCCAUCUGCACUGGCCGCCUCCUGCUCGCUCAUUCUUCAAAACUCCAACUGCAAAUCCCACCAUGGUGUCCCACAAGGAAUUUCAGACGGCUGGGAAGCAGCCCGGUCUGCAGAUAUGGCGCAUCGAAAACAUGGACCUUAAGCCGGUCCCCAAGCCCCUCUUCGGCAGUUUCUACAUCGGCGAUGCCUACCUCGUGCUCUACACAACUCCAGCACCAUCCUACUCUCUGCACAUGUGGCUCGGAAAUGAGUGCUCUCAGGAUGAAAGUGGUGCGGCGGCCAUCUUUGCUACACAGCUAGAUGACUUCCUGGGUGGCAAGCCUGUGCAGUUCCGCGAGAUUCAGGGCAACGAAUCACUCGCCUUCUCGGGAUACUUCAAGUCUGGUAUCAAAUACCAGAGAGGGGGUGUGGCCUCAGGCUUCAAGCACGUGGUGACCAAUGACAUGAACGUGAAGCGCUUGCUGCACAUCAAAGGGCGACGGACCAUCCGUGCCACCGAGGUGUCCCUGUCGUGGGGCAACUUCAAUCAGGGAGACUGCUUCAUCGUGGACCUGGGCAAGGACAUCUACCAGUGGUGCGGGAAGGAGUGUAACCGUUUCGAGCGAGUGAAGGCCUCGCAGGUGGCCAUCGACAUCCGCGACAAUGAGCGCAACGGCCGUGCCAAAGUGCAUAUGGUGGAGGACGGGGCUGAGCCCGCAGCACUGGAGGAGGCCCUGGGUCCCAAGGGCACCAUCGCCCCGGCGACUUCUGACGACGAGUCUGUCGAUGUAUCCAACACGAGGAAGGCUUCUUUGCAUAUGAUCUCUGAUGCCACAGGAUCUAUGAAGUCCACUUUGGUGGCCCAGGCGAGCCCCUUCAAGCAGACCAUGCUCAUCCCCGGCGAGUGUUUCAUCGUGGACAACGGCUUGGAUGGCAAGAUCUUCCUCUGGAAAGGACCAGAAGCUAACACAGAGGAACGCAAAGCGGCCAUGAAGACAGCCGAACAGUUCAUUAAAGAGAAGAACUAUCCCAAGACGACACAGAUCCAAGUGAUGCCAGCAGGGGGCGAGACAACCCUUUUUAAGCAGUUCUUUUCAGACUGGAAGGACAAGGAUGAAACCACAGGUCCCACCCAGGCCUACACAAUUGGCCACAUUGCGAAGGUGAAGCAGGUGCCCUUCGAUGCCUCCACCCUGCACACUAACAAGGCCAUGGCUGCCCAGCACGGCAUGGUGGACGACGGCUCCGGCAAGGUCCAGAUCUGGCGUAUAGAGGGCGGAAACAGAGUCGCAGUGGACCCCUCCACCCAUGGGCAGUUCUUUGGGGGUGACUGCUACCUCAUUCUGUACAGCUACAAGAAGGGGAGCAGUGAACAACACAUCAUCUACAACUGGCAGGGCCUGAAGGCCACCCAGGAUGAGCUGGCGGCAUCUGCCUUCCUCAUGGUCCAGCUCGACGACUCCAUGGGUGGGGCCCCCGUCCAGGUGCGCGUCACACAGGGCCAGGAGCCACCGCACCUCAUGAGUCUCUUCAAGAAGAAGUCCAUGAUCAUCCACGGCGGGGGAACGUCCCGCAAAGGCGGCCAGAGCACCCCCGGCACCACCCGCCUUUUCCACAUCCGCCAAAGCACCAGCCAGUCCACCCGCGCCGUGGAGGUGGAUCCUUGCGCCUCCCGUCUGAACACCAACGACGUGUUCGUGCUUAAGUGCCCCACCUCCACCUUUAUCUGGAAGGGCGUAGGCGCCAGCGGAGAGGAGGUGACCACCGGCAAGCAAGUGGCCAGCGUGCUGGGAGGAAGCCCCACCCAGGUGGAGGAGGGCAAGGAGCCAGAUGCCUUCUGGACUGCACUGGGUGGGAAGAAGCAGUACCAGACAUCCAAGACCCUGCAGCGCACGAUUAAGCCCCCGCGUUUGUUUGGCUGCUCCAACAAGACGGGACGGCUCAUUGCAGAGGAGGUUCCUGGAGACUUCACUCAGGCUGACCUCGCCCAUGACGAUGUCAUGUUACUGGACACCUGGGACCAGAUCUUCCUUUGGAUUGGCAACGAAGCGAACGAGGUCGAGAAGACUGGAUCACCUAAAAUCGCUGAAGAGUACGUGACCACUGACCCGUCGGGACGUCGGGGAGUGCCCAUCGUCACCAUCAAGCAGGGCGCCGAGCCGCCCACCUUCACCGGCUGGUUUCAGGCCUGGGAUCCCACCAUGUGGGACUCAGACCCGCUGGACCGCAUACGGGCCAAGUUCUAGACUCUGCGGAACCCGAGUCUCUGCGGCUGCUUUGUGUCGAUGCAAUUACACAGUAAAUGCAGUCCCUAAUGUGCCAGCCAGGGCUGACCUGCUACGCGUCUGUCCAAAUGUAUUUCUGUACUUGCCUUAGAACCUGCUUUCCACAAAAGAGUGGGUACGAAGGGCCUUUCCUUAACUGGGACCCUAUAGUGUGAAAGGUUUGACUCGGCUCCAUUGCAGCCAAAAUAGCAACUUUGUAAAACUAACCUUUUAAAUACUCAGUUACUGCCUAUAUAUGCAAAUCUUCUGGUGCACUUCUAAGCCUUAAACUCAAUAAUGCUCGCAGCUGCUGCUGAGAUAUUUAACGUGGGUCCAAUAUUGAUAGAUUAGUUAAUUUUAUAGUUUUAUCCAGUGGCCUUUGGAACUGAACACCGAUUGGUUUUUAUUAAACGUUUUGGAUUUUCAAAAUGA